GUUAUGGCUCCCUUCAGAAAAGUUUCGAACGCUCCUACGCCUUCUUACGCUAUAGCCAAGCAGGCAGCGCACGUUCGUCCUUGCCACGGACGUAACCCUCGCACGGGGCCUUCAUUGUCUUCGUUGCAUCCAUAAUUUUUAUCCUAGACUUGAACUUGCUUGGUCGAAAUGUGUGGCAUACUCGGUCUGCUUUUGCACGAUCCCAGCAUAGACUGUGCCCCCGAGAUCUGCGAGGGCCUGGCGCUCCUGCAACAUAGAGGUCAAGAUGCGUGCGGUAUUGUCACUUGCGGGCCCAAGGGACGUUUCUUCCAGUGCAAGGGGAACGGAAUGGUCCGCGACGUAUUCGACUCGAACUCCAUCUCCACUUUGGUCGGUGGGAUGGGCGUCGGACAUGUCCGGUACCCCACCGCUGGAAGCUCUUCUCAUGCCGAGGCCCAGCCAUUCUAUGUAAAUUCGCCGUAUGGUAUUGUAUUUGCCCAUAAUGGAAAUCUAAUCAACACCGAAUCGUUGCUCCGUUUCAUGGACGCGGAAGCGCAUCGUCACAUAAACACUUCGUCCGACUCUGAAUUAUUACUUAACAUAUUCGCCAACAACCUCCAGCAAACGGGGAAGUUCCGUAUAAAUGAAGACGAUAUCUUCACAGCCAUUGGCGGUCUUAUGCAGCAAGUCAAAGGGGCAUACGCUUGCGUAGCGAUGUUAGCUGGAUUCGGCAUUAUUGCCUUCAGGGACCCUAAUGGUAUACGACCCGUGGGCAUGGCUACUAGGAAAUCUGGUAAUGGCCGAGACUAUUUAUUCGCCAGCGAAAGCGUUGUGGCGGAUGCCAGCGGCUUUGGUGAAUGGCAGGACGUCGGACCAGGUGAAGCCAUUAUAAUCACUCGGUCAUCCUUAUCGAGGCGGCAGGUCUCUCCUCCUGCCAUAUUUGCCCCCGACAUCUUCGAAUACGUCUACUUCGCUCGACCAGACUCUGUGCUAGAUGGUGUCAGCGUGUACAGGAGCCGCAUGGCGAUGGGCGAUGCACUUGCUGACGAAGUCAAACGUGUGCUGCAUGAAAGGAAUCUGUCUGUGGAUGUGGUCAUCCCUGUUCCUGAUACGUCGCGAGUAGCGGCGCUGAAUCUUGCGCAGAAGCUACAGUUACCGUAUCGGGAGGGGUUCAUAAAGAACCGUUAUGUGGGACGAACGUUUAUUAUGCCUGGGCAACAAAUGAGGAAAAAGAACGUCCGACGGAAGUUGAACGCCAUGGCGUUGGAGUUCGUCGACAAGAACGUUCUAAUCGUCGAUGACUCUAUCGUUCGAGGCACGACAUCGAAAGAGAUCAUCCAGAUGGCUAAAGAUGUGGGUGCCAAGAAGGUCAUCGUAGCAAGUUGCGCGCCUCCUAUUCGAUACUCAAACGUGUACGGUAUCGACAUGCCUUCACGAGUUGAGCUUGUCGCCCACGAGCGCAACGAGGACGAGAUAGCGGCCCAAAUCGGGGCAGACCUGGUCAUCUUCCAGACCCUCCCUGAUCUUAUAUCUUCGGUGCGCCAGUUCAACCCAGUGAUCGAGCAGUUCGAUUGCUCUGUGUUCACCGGGGAGUACGUCACUGGUGGUGUGGAUGAGGUAUAUCUGCAGCAUCUGGAGAGCCUGCGCGCGGAUAACGCCAAAGCUAAGCUUAAGCACGGAGAUAUCGGUGCCAUUGAGGGAAAGGGUGGAGGGGGAAUUGUUAGGAACGGCGCUACGGAAGAGAAGGAGGUCAGCAUAGGGUGUAGCGGGCCCAUGAACGGCGCGGACGAUACGAUCGGGCUGUUCAACAACUACAAGGGCCAUUGGAAGGUCAGCUAGGAUGGGUGAGGUUGCUCCUUUUGGCUGUCAAGUCAGGUAUAUCGCGGUGCUCAUCCACGGGUAGGCAUCUUGCUUGUACAGACAAAUGUAUUUUAUUAUGGACGAGUCGUGGCAACUCUGCCGUCGCGGUCACGUGCCUGCCGAGACGUGGUUCAUUAACUUGAUUAAGUUGAAGCGUUCGCG